CUUUCUGAUGAAGAAUUGGAUGAAAUCACAGAGCAGGUACUCGAGCUUUUUCCAAAUUUUGGGAGACGGAUGCUCAAUGGGCAUUUUCGCUUUCUUGGCCAUCAUGUGCCUCGAAGCCGCAUUUUAGAGUCAUAUGCGCGUGUUCAUGGGGCACCUACCACAAUGUUUGGGGCGCGGAGGAUCCGAAGGCAAGUCUACUCAGUUCCAGCGCCGAACUCGCUCUAUCAUCAUGAUGGUCAACAUGGUUUCAGUGUACACAACAUUCGCAUCAAACGUCUCUGGCGCAAUGUGACUCAGGGCUUUGGGAGGAAGUGGAAGUUGUUCUUCCAGCUCCUGGAGGUUCAUCACGACCUGAAACCGAACCUGGAUGCUCACAUCUGGCUACUGCAUCAUGUAUUUCUUGAUGCACUGAAUGAAGAUGCCAUUCAGUGGGCAGAAGCCUGGAAUCAUCAUCGAUUAUGCAUUCCAGGUGGAGGGCAGCGGAGCCCUCGGUGGGAGUAUUGA